CAAUAAAUCUAAACUAUCCAUAUAUAAUUUCAUAAAAUAUUAUGCACUUUCCAUUUAGUCAUAAAGGGCCUGCCUUUGUGUAUCUGAUAAACGGUCACAGGAAUCUUGAUCAAUCUAACAACUAAUCUGAACACAUGCAGCUACUAUUCAUCAUCACCUCUUUUUCCCCAAUCUGUAAUUCUGUCAUCUCAAACACAAUCAAUUAUGGAGAUUCCAGUAAUGCAUGCCAAAACCUUCUUUUUCCUGUUCCUUCUCUCCUUCUCACCAUUUUUAUUGGUCUCCAAGGGAUGCCAUUCAGUUGAUAAAGAAGCAUUACUUGAUUUUAAGAAGAAAAUCACAUAUGACCCUUCAAAACUCUUGCAUUCUUGGACAGAUUCAACUGAUUGCUGCACUUCUUGGGAUGGUGUUGGAUGUGAUUUUUCAGGCAGAGUUGUUAAUGUUACUCGUCCUGGUCUUGUUUCUGACAAUGACUUAAUUGAAGACACUUACAUGGUAGGUACUUUGUCUCCAUUUCUUGGAAAUCUUUCUAGUCUUCAAUUUCUUGACUUGAGUAAUCUCAAGGAAUUAAAGGGUCCAAUUCCUCAAGAAUUUGGCAAGUUGUCGCAGCUUAUUUAUCUCUUUCUUGAUUCAAACAAGCUUACUGGUUCAAUACCAUUGACUUUUAGGUACUUUACUCAGCUUACAAAAAUGUAUCUUAGUAAUAAUUUGAUAUCAGGCAGUGUUCCUUCAUUUGUUGCUAAAUCCUGGAAAUCAUUAUCAGAAUUGGGUUUAUCAGGAAAUUUGUUGUCUGGGUCGAUUCCUUUUACAAUUGGGAAGUUGGUCCUGCUAACUGUGCUUGAUCUUCAUGGUAACAACUUCUCUGGUAGCAUUCCUGCAGGUAUUGGAAAUCUUAAGAAUCUCAAAUAUCUUGAUCUAUCUGAAAACCAGAUAACUGGAGGAAUUCCAGGAUCUAUAGGCGGACUUUCUUCACUAGUGCUACUAUAUCUCAAUCAAAACCAUCUUACAGGAACUAUUCCUUCUUCAAUAUCUAGACUUACUUCGAUGCAAUUCUGUCGUUUAUCAGAAAACAAGCUGACAGGAAGUUUGCCACCAUCAAUUGGUCAGCUGUCAAAGAUCGAAAGAUUAAUUCUUGAAAACAACAAGCUCACUGGGAGACUUCCUGCAACCAUUGGUCAUCUAACGACUCUUACUGAGAUAUUUUUCUCUAACAACUCUUUCACAGGCAAGAUCCCUUCGAGUCUUGGCAAUUUACACAAUCUUCAAACACUCGAUUUGUCAAGAAACCAGCUCUCUGGCAAACCCCCUUCUCAGCUAGCUAAAUUGCAGAGGUUACAGGAUUUGAAUCUGUCAUUUAAUCAUAUGGGACUAGUUAAAUUACCAAGCUGGUUAAAGAAACUAAAACUUUUUCGGCUUAUGUUGGCGAAGACUGGAAUCGAAGGGCAGCUACCGCGCUGGCUAGCUUCAUCAUCUAUAUCAAUACUUGACUUGUCAAGCAAUGGUUUGACAGGAAAAUUGCCUCAUUGGAUCGGUAACAUGACUAGCCUUUCAUUUCUCAACUUAUCGAGCAAUGGCUUUCACUCAUCAAUUCCAGUUGAUUUCAAGAAUCUUUCACUUCUGAUGGAUCUUGAUCUUCACUCCAACAAUUUUACUGGCAGCAUAAAUGUAAUUUUCUCUAAAACAGUUCAAGACCCAUUAGGCCAUUUUAACUCCAUUGACCUUUCCGAAAAUAUGUUCCAUGGACCAAUUGAUGGUAACGUUGGAGACAAACCUGCAAUGGGUUCCAUUAGUUCUUUGACUCUGUCACACAACAGAUUAGGAGGAUCAAUACCAACUUCACUUGGGAAAAUGAGUGAAUUGCAGGUCCUGAAGCUAGUGAAUAAUGGUCUAUUUGGCAAGAUACCAAAGGAGCUUGGAAAUGCCAAGAAAUUGUCUACAAUUCUACUUUCAAGAAACAAACUAAGUGGUGCCAUUCCUAAGCAGGUAUUGAAUUUAAAAGAGCUGAAAGAGUUUGAUGUUUCUAAUAACAGAAUGAGAGGAAAGAUUCCUCCUCACAAAGCUGUUAUUCCAGCAUCUGCAUUCAAGAAUAAUCCUGGCUUAUGUGGAACUCCACUUCCUCCUUGUGAGCACUUCUAGUACUACUUUAGCAAGAUUGGUUUCUUGCAUUUUGCCCUUCCUUUUUUCUUUUUUCAAAUCUUCCCCCUUCGAAGGAAAUAUACAACUUUUCAGUUCAACUGCAAUAAUUGCUCUAGCAGGAUAGUGUUUCACUCUCAUUGUAAAGUUCUUUUACCUUUUGAAAUGAAAAGUUUGUACUGACUAUCA